AUGAAUUUGGAUAGUGGAAAUCCAGAAGAGCAACAAUACUUGGACUUGUGUGAAAGGAUUAUAAAUGAGGGAGAAUUCAGACCUGAUAGGACCGGUACUGGUACAUACUCCCUGUUUGCACCACCACAGCUUCGUUUUGAUUUGAGUGAUGAUAAAUUUCCACUUCUAACUACCAAGAAAGUUUUCACCAAGGGUAUUAUUCUUGAGCUUUUAUGGUUUAUUUCUGGCUGUACUGAUGGUAAGAAACUCUCUGAUCAAGGUGUGAAGAUCUGGGAAGGGAACGGAUCCCGUGAGUACUUGGACUCCUUGGGACUUACAGAUAGACGUGAGGGUGAUUUGGGACCAGUUUAUGGGUUCCAAUGGAGACAUUUCGGAGCAGAAUACAAGACAUGUGACGAUGAUUAUUCGGGACAAGGUGUUGAUCAGUUAAGCGAUGUGAUUCAUAAGUUGAAGAACAAUCCUUACGAUAGAAGGAUUAUUAUGUCAGCAUGGAACCCUCCUGAUUUCCCAAAAAUGGCUCUUCCACCAUGCCAUGUGUUCUCUCAGUUCUAUGUCAGCUUCCCUAAGGAAGAAGGGAAGAGACCAAGACUCUCGUGCGUGCUAUAUCAGAGGUCAUGUGAUAUGGGGUUGGGUGUUCCGUUCAACAUUGCUUCUUAUGCCCUACUGACGAAGAUGAUUGCAAUGGUGUGUGACAUGGACGCUGGUGAAUUCAUCCAUACUCUUGGUGAUGCGCAUGUAUAUAAGGAUCACGUCGAUGCCUUGAAGACACAGAUUGCCAGAGAGCCUCGCGCUUUCCCCAAACUAAAGAUAAAGAGAGAUGUGAAGAACAUAGACGAUUUCAAGUAUGAGGACUUUGAAAUCACUGAUUACAACCCACAUGGCAAGAUUCAAAUGAAAAUGAGCGUCUGA